CUUGUUUUCCUUUUUCUUUCAUUUCAUCUGUCUUUCUUCUCCAUUUCCUCCCUGAAAUCCCUCGUCUCUUCCUCACCGACCCGUUUCCGUCGGUCGCCCUCUUCUAUUUACCAAUUCCUCAAGCCGAAAAUCUCUCCCUAACUGAUUUCCCAACCCACGUUCCCAGAAUCCCACUUCUCUCUCCCGAUUUCGAUUUCUUCCCUCCUAAUUUCAGCUUCUUCUUCUUCCCACUCUUUCAUUUCCUCGACCAACCCCUUCGCGGGCAGCUGGGGUCUCUCGCCGCCGUCGCUGUUUCAAGCAUCCGAUUCUCCUUUUUCGUCGUCGUCGUCCCUUCUGGAAUCCUGAUCACUACCCAGUUGAGAUUCGGUUCGUUCUGGAUUACUCGAGGUUUGUUGCUGCUUCAGAUUCUGUGAUUCUUAGUUAGUUCGGUGAAUUAGCUCUUCCGGUGGUUGAUUCAAAGGCUGAGCUGGAAUAGCUGGGGACAGAGAGAGAUAGAGAGAUAGAGAAUUGAGAGAAAGAGAGAGUUGGGAUGAAGAGAGGGAGAGACGAUGAGAAGAUGAUGGGGCCAUUGUUCCCGAGGCUACAUGUGAAUGAUACAGAGAAAGGGGGGCCGAGAGCGCCUCCAAGGAACAAGAUGGCCCUUUAUGAGCAGCUAAGCAUUCCUUCUCAAAGGUUCAAUUCUGGGGUUUUGCCUCGUACUCCAAGUAACCUGGCUCCUCCCGGGUCUUCCAGCCAGGCGGGUGGGCUUGAAAGGACUUUAUCAUCGCCACCUACCCUAGCUCAUCAACUGCAUUCUUUCCAGCCCAGUGCCGGGAACUCGAACGGUUCUUUACCGCCACGUGAGCAGAAGAAGAAGGCUGGAGAUGAAGAUGAUUUCACUGUUCCAGUAUUUGUUCAUACAGGUCUGUCCAAGUUGCAGAGAAAACAUUCUAAUGUGGAAGAGCUAGCUCCAUUUAGCUCGAUGCUUUCAGGUCAUCGCAAUAAAGCUCGGAAUGCGGGUGAUAAUGGUGCAUGUGCAUCAUCUAUUGACCCCCAUUCGGGACAUGGAGGAAACCCAUGCAUUCCAAGUGAUAAUUUGCAGAGUAGAGAAAACUUUACCGAGUCUGGGGAGGAAGCGAAUGCACAGCCGAAAAAACGUUCUCAAGGUAGUCAACAACAGCCUGCAUGGUUGCAGUCAAAUGACUCUGCACCUGGUGGAGCUGUUCCUGAGCUGCCGCCGAAGGAGACAGAGAAAAUUGAUGUUCUUGUGCGGAAGGGCAGCUUGGGUUCCAGUGAAGAGCCCUGUACCCUCAACGAGCGCAGUGGCACUUGUGUUACCACGGUGGACGUGUCAAUACGAGUGAGAAAUACUGAUAAAAGUGAUGAUGCAUCCGAGACAUCCAUUGUGGACUCUGCCGAACCCUUGGAUGUUUCUCCUGAUGAUGUUGUGGAUAUGAUUGGUCAGAAACAUUUCUGGAAAGCUAGAAGAGCAAUUGUCAACAAUUACAUGGUCAUUGGCAAGGGAGAACUAGAUAGUGGGGAGUCUCCAUCCAAUCUGGCGUGUUUUUGUCAACAAAGAGUUUUUGCGGUUCAAGUGUUUGAGUUGCAUAGACUCAUCAAGGUUCAACAACACAUUGCUGGUUCUCCACAUCUCUUGGUGGAUGAGAGCAACUACCUCACAAAAUCCUCCAUUCCAGGCUCCCCAAUGAAGAAGCUUCAGACCGAGUAUCUCCUGGUGCAGCCAGCACGUGGUACCAAACGAAAAGACGAUUCACAAGAACCUACCAAUAAUAAGAUGGAAGGUUCUGCAGAGAAUGCAGUAGUUGGGAAGUCUCUAGGAAACCACAGUCAGCCAUCAUCAACCCACAGGCUGCCUCAUGCAGCAAACCAAGUUCCAGUUCCAGCAAUCACCGACAGCAACAACACGACAAGCUCAUGGAGUUUCCACCAAGCCACUGGCCAGCACUGGUUGGUCCCCGUCAUGUCACCUACCGAAGGACUCGUGUACAAACCUUAUGCACCCCCUGGACCGAUGGGACCUGGUGGUGGAGGAUAUGGACCAUACGGCCCUCCUCCUGUAAUGGGCAACUUCAUGAACCCAGGUUACGGCGUCCCAACUUAUUUCCAACAAGGAAUGGGUUGCUUCCCUCCAUAUGGUUCGAUGAUGAACUCUGCUCUCUCGGGGUCAGCAGUUGACCAGCCAAACCGCUUCCUGGGAUCAGGCUCUCAUGGUCAAAUCAGUCAGUUGUCUGGAAGUGGCGCGAAUUUUAACGCGCAACAUAACGUCGAACUAGCCACCCAAAAGAGUGGUGCUGUUUCGGUGGCGGAGAUUCGUGUAUCCACUAAAGAAUCCGAGCUGCAAAGAAGCACCGCGAGUAGCAUUAGCGAGCGAGUGGAAGUAGCCGGGACCGUUCACCACCAAGGUGACAGAAGCGACGAUGCACCUCUCCAUCUCUUCCCAAGAGCUCCUUCUGCAUUUGGCGCUCCUCCUCAACGAGCAGCGCACGCGUCUAGAGUGAUCAGGGUCGUGCCUCAUAACUCCAGGUCCGCAACUGAAUCAGCAGCUCGGAUCUUUCAGUCCAUACAAGAAGAGAGGAAGCAAAAUGAACCUGUCUAGAGUGAUCUUUCAGGUAACGGUAUGUAAUCUUUGCUGUUCUUUGAUUAUUGUUGUUGUUGUUGUGGUUUUUUUUUUACCCCAUUGCCUUUAGUAGAAGCUAUUCUGGAAUGCAGAUACGCCGUGCGUGUCUGUCGACUACUCAUCGAUCGACAUGAAAAACUGUGUCCCCUAGAGUAAAAAUGUACUUCCAAAUUCCAAUCUUUGCUGGUUUUCAGUACUGAUAAAUGUGUUUGUGAUUACUACGAAAACCGAGGCAAUUCGCUAACCUAGAACAACGAUCAAGGGCACUUGUAGCUUCUGCCGGGACCGCCAUAGU